UAUUGUUCCUCCGUUCGUGAUCUUUCAUAAUAAAACAUAUACCAAUCUUAAAACCAAAACAUUUGAAAUUAAGCACAUUUUGAAAAGGUGAAAGGGUCAUACCAAUUCCAGCUUUAACAUUCAAGUUCUAACAAAAAAGUUUUUAAUUAGUUUGAAAUACCACAUUGUUACAUUAAAAAAAACCUCUUUGAAAUAUUGCAUUUGUUCUAAAGGCUAAUUAGUUUAGGUUAGAUUAGCCAAAGUCAAUAUGCAGUCCUAUCUUGAAAAUGGUAUAUGCAUGCUUAACAUACAGCAAAACACCAUUAAAAUUUUUAAUCGAGCUGCCCAUGAACAUUGGGGGCAUUACAUGGGUCGUUGGGGUCUCAUGCGAGGAGCUUCCUUUCAGUUCAUCAUGAAGCCCCAAAGUAGCACACCGAAGCCGCCGGAUAGGGCGCCCAACUGGUUCGCCGAGUUCUGCCAGGAGUCAUCUAUCCACGGCCUGCCCUACGUGGCCCGCAGGGAUCUCCACUGGAUGGAACGCCUCUUCUGGCUGAUGAUGGUCGUGGUCUCGGCCUACUUCGCCAUCGGCAGCUGUCUCGCCCAGUGGGAGCGGUUCCGGGACAACCCGAUCGUCUACGAGUACGAGUACCUCUUCGCCCUGCGCAAUUUUCCCUUCCUCGGGGUCACCCUCUGCACCAACUACGAGACCCAGAAGGAGGUGGAUGAGAUUAUACAGGAAACUUGGGGAGUGAAUCCCGCAGAAGACCCCUCCAAAGCAGCUUACUAUGGAAACUUUCUUCGAGUGCUUAAUCGAUUGCAGUACGACUCCUUGGACCAACUAAAGCCUUUCGAGAAUGACACCAGUUUGGACAACUUGCCCUACGUGGCUAUGCUGCUGAAGCUGCAGGAGAAGGUUCUUCCAUCAAAAAAUCCUGCUGUUUUGGCCCCGAUCAUAACGGAGGUCGGUCUGUGCCAAACCACUAGCCAGCUAACCCGGUACGGAAAUCCUUUCGGCAAACAGUAAGUCUAAAUAACUAAAACAAAAACAAUAAAGUCGGUUGCACUACAACCUAAAACCCAACAAAUACCACAAGUUACACUGCUCGCCACUUGAAUAGGACACCCUGUAUGCUUCCUUUACAUCGACUCAUAACUCGAAAACGAAAUAAUAAAAUAACGGAAUUUUUGCAUAUUAUCUGUGUCCACACUUUAUUCGCUCUUUCUGGUAUAUUCCAAGAUUUGGAAUAGAACCGUUAUAAAGUUGUGUGCACUUUUUGUGAGCAUUCGUAAAAGUACAAUGAAAUUUUUGCGCCACUUGAAUAGAACAUCCAUUUUAUUUUGUCGGUAUCGUUCGCACAAACACGCCAAAUUCAAGUUACUUGGGCUUUUUCAUUUAAUUCAAGAGUAAAUUAAAUUAAAAAGUAAAAAUGGGGCGUGGCACUUCAUUAUCUGAAGCGGAGAAAGGCAAAAUCCAAGCCUACAAGGAUUCUGGCUUAUCUAUUGCCAAAAUAGCUAAAAAAAUCGACAGGAGCCGUCACGUGGUAACCAAUUUUUUAAAUAAUGAGGAUAAUUAUGGCAAAAACAUGAAGGGCCGCACUCACAGUGUACUUACUAGCGCGGACAAGCGACUUAUAAUCAGAGAAGCUUCCAAUUCGCACGACUCUUUGGCAAAGAUAAGACAAAAAUGUGACGUCAAAGCAAGUUUGACAACCAUGCGUCGAGUCAUCAAUAAUGUUCCACAUCUGAAGAGACUAAAAAUCAAGAAGAAGCCACCUCUUAACCCGGUUCGGAAGCUGCAACGCCUUGAUUUCGCUCGCGCUCAUGUGACCUGGACUUCGGAGUGGCAUCGUGUCGUCU